AUGGCGACCUUGACUCACCAAAUCCUCCUCUCUCUCACAAUCCUUCUCGGUCUCGUCGCGAUCUCAGCCACUGCACGACCCUGCAAAACGCUAUUUUUCAUCUCCACCACCUCCUACUACCCUAUCGAUCAAGACCCUAAUUUCCCCCUCCGAAACCCCAAUAAACCUCGAUUCCUCACUUUCCUUUACACCGACGUCCGCGAACCCAACCCCAAACCCACCUUCUUCAUCGAUCGCAGCGAUAUCGAUGUCGAUAAACGGCAAAUUAUCCCGGAAUUAUAUUCCUCUGUGACCAAUUCCAUUCGUGACCGUACCAAGGAUAUUAUGAGCGUUGUUGGGGCUUUGCUAUUCGGAGUUGGUUGUGGAGCUCUUACUGCCGCGACUGUGUAUUUGAUUUGGUCGCUCUUCACACAAAAUCGAUUCGAAUUUGAGGAUUCUGAUGAUGACUUUGACAACGACAGCGAUGUUGGUGAUGAUGUGAGCGCUAAGAAGAUGGGGUAUGUGGCGAUUCCAUCUGUUACCGAUGCUGUCAAGCCUGCGAAGGACGUGGUGUGA